UUUUUUUUUUUUUCAAGUUUCCCUCUGAAUCAAAGUAACCAAAGAUAACCAUCCAUCCUGUCAGACAUACCAGCUUCUGCAAAGAGUACCUAAGCAUCCCUGGACAAGCCGUGCGUUAUGAUGAAGGGACCGACCUUCCACGACCACGAUCCGAUGCGACUCGUCGACCCGAGGCACCUUCCGCAAAUGAUGUCCCUAGAGGACCGCGAGCCCACCAUGGUGGAGGGGACCCUGGGGCCCCGCAACUCCACGCCGGCCGGGGGGGAGGGGGCUCCGGGCCACCAGCACCAGUCCUUCCCCUGGGUGGAGAGCCUGCUGGCCGGCGUCCUGAUCACGACCAUCGUGGUGGAUGUUAUCGGGAACCUGCUGGUCAUCGUGUCCGUGUUCAGGAACAAGAAACUCAGGAAAGCAGGAAACGCCUUCGUGGUGAGCCUGGCUUUUGCUGACCUAGUAGUCGCCAUCUACCCCUAUCCGCUGGUCCUCACCGCCAUCUUCCACGAUGGCUGGAUCGCCGGCUACAUCCACUGUCAGAUCAGUGGCUUCCUCAUGGGCCUCAGCGUCAUUGGCUCCAUCUUCAACAUCACGGGCAUCGCCAUCAACCGCUACUGCUACAUCUGCCACAGCCUCAAGUACGACAAGCUCUUCUCCAACAGAAACACCAUGUGCUACGUGGUGCUCGUCUGGGUGCUCACCAUCCUCGCCAUCGUGCCCAACUGGUUCGUGGAGUCGCUGCAGUACGACCCGCGGGUGUACUCCUGCACCUUCGCCCAGUCGGUCAGCUCGCUGUACACAAUCACGGUGGUGGUGGUGCACUUCAUCCUGCCGAUCGGCAUCGUCAGCUACUGUUACCUUCGCAUCUGGAUCCUGGUCAUCCAGGUGAGGCGGAGGGUCAAGCCGGACACGCGGCCAAAGAUCAAUCCGCACGACCUGCGCAACUUCUUAACCAUGUUCGUGGUGUUCGUGCUCUUCGCCGUCUGCUGGGCACCGCUGAACCUGAUCGGCCUGGCGGUGGCGCUGGACUCCAGGCUUGGCCAGUCGAUCCCAGAGUGGCUGUUCACGGCCAGCUACUUUAUGGCGUACUUCAACAGCUGCCUCAACGCCGUUGUCUAUGGUGCCCUGAACCACAACUUCCGGAAGGAGUACAAGAGGAUCGUCCUGAUAAUCUUCAAGUUUCACUGCUGAGACAAUACGCUGACCUGAACUUUUGUGAUAAGAAAGGGAUAUUGAAAAGAACAAUUUGACAAAGAGGAAAACAAAUAAAGGUACUGUGUGAAGAAGAAAUAAAAACACUUUGUAUGAGAGAGAAAGGAAGAAAAACUUUAAUAGCUGGAGGUGAAGAGGAGAAGAGACAAAGUGAAAUAAAUGACGCCACACUGUAAGUUAUCUGUGAUGCCUUCAGGGAACUUGAGAGACUUUAAAAAAUAAAGAAAGAGGAAGGCAGAGACUAGAGUAACUCUUAUCUUAGUAAUGAGUGUUUCAUCAUGACUUUCUUGAGUAAUGAAGUCAUGAAUUACUGUUUGAAUUAAAUAAUUGUGUUUUAAUCAACUUCAUACUUCAAAAUGUUGGGAUAUUCAAACAUUGUGAUCCUCUCCCCGGAUUAAUUUUUCAUUUGAUGCAUAACAUCUAUUAACUAGUUUCAAGACAGUAUACAUGGAUUUUUUUUAUAGGACAGUGGAUGUCAGAGAUGUAUUUAAAAACAGGAGAGUAACUGUAACCACACCCAACAGUUAUGUCACUAAGUCCACCUGUACAUCACUGCAGCGAGGUGAGAAGUUAAACCACUGGAGGUCAGCAAAGACAAGAUUGUUAGAGGGUGUUAAGUUUCUCUAUUACUCUGUAAAGUAUUUAAUGUAUAUGUGUAAUCAAUGUCAGAAAGUAUCCAAGAUUUGGCAGCAAAAGGCUGGAUUUAUGGCAUAGUUUCAGAGGCCAUAGCCACUGUAGCUAUGCUAUAGGCUACAACAUGGGGUCGGCAACUUUUUUAAUUUGAAAUGCCAUUUGAAAAUGUUCUCGUUAAAAAGUGUGCCAUACCAGCAUUAAGCCUGACAUCAUCUACCAAGCCUGCGAAUGGAAGGUAGAUGGAGAAAAAUUCAAUGAAACUACCAUGAAUAACAGGCUGUGCUCCUGCCAGUGGCUGUGAAAGAGGUCAUUUGGCAUGCGGAUUGGAACAUUUC